GCUGUGAAUAAACAGGAGACGGCAGACGGAAGUGACGUAUCAGAAAGUGAAGCGAAAGGAAGUCCAUGGCGGGAGAGAUGAAGAUGGUCGAGAUAGAGCUGAAAAAGGGCGAAAAAUAGGCGAAAACAGCAAGAGCGAAAGUAAACCUGCAAUGGAGAGGAAACGGACACUGUAACCGUGACAACGAGACACGGAGGACGGAUUUAAAGUGAUCAUGAAAUCGUCUCCAGACGGUCGUCGUUCGUAGGUCGCAGUGACGCACCUGUAAGCUGGUUUGCCAACUGCCAUCAGAAGAAUGGGAAGGAAGGAGGUGGAGGGGCAAAGGGUGGCUGUUCAAGAGGAGUGCCUGAGUUGAAGCGGCAAUGAGUUCAGCUCAGUAUCUGAGAGAGUUCAUCAAGGAGAGACUAACUGCUGUUUGUGAAGAAAUCUUCUCAGAGGUUCAAAAAACCAUCGUCCAGUAUGAGGAGGAGAUCAACCGUCAGCACAGACUGCUGGAUAUCAGCCGGAAACCCGACAGAAACUCACACAUCAUAGACCUCCCACAACAACAUGACUGUGAGGAAGAGGAGGGUCUGAAUGAGCAGCAGGUCUGUAACCAGGAGAGGAACUCCAGUCUGGACCAGGAGGACCCAGAGUCUCCACAGAUUAAAGAGGAACAGGAGGAACUGUGCAGCAGUCAGGAGGGAGAGCAGCUUGAACUGAAGCAGGAGGCUGAUACUUUCAUGGUGACACCCACUUAUGAGGAAAGUUCCAACAGUGAACCAGAACCAAACAGUGAGCAGCUCCUUUCUCCCAGCUCACCUGAAGCAGAAAGCCAAAAUCAUGAAGAAAGCCAGCAUGUGGACUUAAGAUCUACUAGGAAUGCAGAGCUGAAGAAGAGGAGACAUCACAAUCAGCGAGUGGACAAUGCUGUUUCAGAGAGUAAAACUGACACAAGGAAACAGUCCGUACAGUGUGACACCUGUGGAAAAACUUUUAAUUUUAAAUCCAACCUUACUACACAUCUGAGAGUUCACACAGGUGAAAAACCAUAUCCUUGUAGCACCUGUGGGAAACAGUUCAAUCAAAAAUCAUCAUUGAAUACUCAUGUAAGAAUUCACACAGGUGAGAAGCCGUAUCCGUGUAACACCUGUGGGAAAAUAUUCAAUCAGCUGGCACACUUGAAAACUCACACAAGAAUUCACACAGGAGAGAAGCCACAUUGUUGUACCACUUGUGGGAAAAGAUUCAAUGAGAAAUCAACAUUAAAAACUCACAUAAGAGUGCACACAGGUGAAAGGCCAUAUCCUUGCAGCACUUGUGGGAAAAGAUUCAGUCAGAGGAUGAACUUAAAGAAACACGUGAAAAUUCACACUGGUUAAAUGUUUAAUACUUUGAAAAUGUGAUAAAGCCCUGAGUGAUAGCAAUGUGUUGGUGGUAGAACUGAACUGACCAGAAAUAAAAUCACUGCAACACCUGAGUGAAAAGAUGAUUCAUGUUCAAGACAGUAUUUCAAGACAUUGUUUAUUUGGUUUCCUACUUUAUUCUUAUAAAGCCAAACUCGUCUUACAUUUCAUAAAGGUUAAAGUUCAGUAUGCUCCUGUUCUGUUUGUUCAUUGUUCGAGGGCCGGUGUCCUGCAAGUUUUAGAUAUCAACCUGGGUCAACACACCUGAAUCACAUGAUUAGUUCAUUACCAAAUCUCUGGAGAACUUCAAGACAUGUUGAGGAAGUAAUUAAGCCAUUUGAAUCAGCUGCAGGACCCGGUCCUCGAGGCCUGGAGUUGCCCACCCCUGCUCUAAUGUGUGAAUGCAGCAUAAGAGUGUUCUCUUAUUCAGCUGAAGUUUUUCUUUGUUUCUGAUUUUUACCCACUAUGAUGCCAGGAGUAGUGCGCAAUAGUAGGACUGACUAACCAGUCAGUGGUGAGAGAGGUCCUUGCAAGCUCAGAAUGAAAAGUUUGUUUUGGUUUAAAUUUUGUUAUGAUUAAUUUACCUGAAUAAAUAUGCUGGACAAGUGAACCACAAAAAAACAAAACAAAACAAAAAAACAGUGGAGACUCACUGAUGAAGAUUUGGUCCACCCCACACUCUGACUCACCUUUACAGCACAGCUAAUGUAAUGUCUGCAAGUUAAAUUAUUCUGCAGAAGCAAAAGUUUGUUUUUUUUACUUUUCCAAUUAGAAAGUUGGGGCAUGAAGAGAUUGGAGAGAGUUAUAAGCUUUCCUUCUUUGGGAAUUCACUUUGACUCCACAGUUGACUCUCGCAGCUGGAGUGUAGUGAACAGGUGUUAUCAGUGCGGAUGGGACGCUAGAAAAAGAUGUUUCUACACUGAGUCAAGCUUCUGGAGCACAGAUGUUUUCAAACACAACUCUGAAGCAUGGUUCAAAACACCCACGUCACGUGAUCACGACUAACCGAGGUUUUGGUGCACUUUACCCCAGUUUCAGUAGGUGGUGUACCUGCUGCUUAUAGACAUAUAAAAAAACAGACAGGUGGGUCAGCUCCAUUCACUCAUAUCAGCAGAGAGAAAGUGGCACAUGGUGCUGUCAACUCAUAAAAUAUCUCAGUAAAAACCUCCGCUCUGCUUUCAAGGUGAAAAUUUAAAAAAAAGUUUUCAGCUCUGACUUUGCCUGGUCUCUAUUUUUUUUCCUACAUUCAAUAGAAAACGUCAUUCUCAUCCUUUGCUGUCUUAUGUGGUUGCAAUUCUACUAGGUUUUAAAAAUAGUUAUGCAAAACAAAGUGUGCCUGCUCCGAUAGGCCUUAAAGGGUUAACCCUCUGGGGUCCAGGGUACAGUUGGCCGUUUUUG